GAGUCCUGCCAGACAGACUGACGUUCGGCUUCAACGCAGGAGGCGCGCGGCGGGGAUGGCGCUGGCGCGGGCCUGGAAGCAAAUGUCCUGGCUGUACUACCAGUACCUGCUGGUCACGGCGCUCUACAUGCUGGAGCCCUGGGAGCGGACUGUGUUCAAUUCCAUGCUGGUUUCCUUCGUGGGGAUGGCACUGUACACAGGCUACGUCUUCAUGCCUCAGCACAUCAUGGCGAUAUUGCACUACUUUGAAAUUGUACAGUGAGAAAGAUGUGACCAGGAUCGGGAGGUUCCUCAGGGAAGAACCAACCUCAGAAUUUGGAAUGGGACUUCAUCAGAUGUCAUAAGAACCUCUACUGGAUGUCAACAUAACCAACCCUAUGAAUAUAAAGACUAAAAUUCAUGAGUAGAACAGGAAAAUGAUCCUGACUCAUGUGUUGUGUUCUUUAUUUUUAAUUUUAAAAGAAGCUCUUGUAUAGUAGUUUUUGUCUAUUUUAACAUUGUAGUCAUUUGUACUUUGAUAUCAGUAUUUUCUUAACCUUUGUGACUGUUUAAAUAUUAUCCAGCGAAAGCUUUUCUUAAUGUAAUUUUGAGUACAUUUUAAUUGCCUUCUAUUUCUAAAACCCAAAGUCAUUAGUUGGGCUUUAGUGUUCUUGCUAUUGUAUGGCAUAUACAUCUGCCUGGAUAUAUUUCUACUCUUGACCAAAGUUUUGUAAGAACUGGGGCAAGGGGCUGGGGAGGGGAGGAUAUUUUACUGAGAACUAUUUACAAAAGACUUAUCUGUAAGUUUGAACUCAGGAGUACAGUUUUAGCUAUCUAGACUCUUUAACAGCUCUGCUUUAAAACUAUUAGUGUUUCUUAACAAGGAAAAAGGAAGAUCUUGCUAAAGUUAAAAAUAAGGAACAUUUCACUUUUUAAAUAUUUAAUUCUUUUUUAUAUUUAUCAAGAUGUUUAUUACAGCAUGUUUAUCAAAACAACAAAUAAAGGACUAUAAUUUCAUUAACUGUUUCCCAAAAUAGGGUAAUAGGGUAAUGAUCAAGGGAAAUAUGACCUUUUACUUAAUGAAAUAUUAUGAAAUCAUGGCAAUGAUGCUUUAGAAGACAGUGGUACCAUGGAAAGUCUGAAGUUGUAUUCAUGACAUGAUAGUUACAUUCUAAAUAUUGAAUUCUUAUGUGGACUCAUUUCCAGAAAACUUUGGUGAUGAUUCUUGUGAUAAAAGGUGGUUAACUAGCAUUAUUGUGUAAUGCUUAUAUACCGUAGAGUUUUUAAUAGAAAGUAAAUCAGUUUCCCCUGAGGACCAUUAUUAACAAUGUACUUCCUUAUGUUUAGUUUCAUGAUUGUAAUGGUUGCUGCAGAUGCAUUUGCACAUUGCAGUAGGAUAUGAAGAGAUGAAUUGUUAAAAACCAUAGCAAAAAGAAAUGUAAACUUGGUUAAAAUGCUUUCACCCUUUGUAUU